ACGGCGAUUUGCGCAUCGAGAUUGAAAAGAAAACUUGGACUUUGAAUCCACAAUGUGUAACUUCACUAAAUCUGCCUUUAAAUACAUCAACAUCACCUCAAAGAUUAGCCACGAUGAACCCAGAAUGAUGUAACAGCAUGGCUGAUUUGAGCCAUCACAGGAACGAACCAGUUUUGACGCCUUUUCCAAUUAUGGCCAGCAGUACAGAUUUUGAUAAAUUGGUUCGAGAAGCUGCACAAGGCAAUAUGGAUUAUGUUCAGAAAUACAUAGAACAGCAUCCUAAUCAGGUGGAUGCGAGAAGUGGUGGCAAAUCUUGUUUGCAAGUAGCAGCCCAUCAGGGUCAUUUAAAUUUGGUAAAAUAUCUAUUAGAUAAAGGUGCCGAUGUGAACCAGACUGAUAAUGAUGAGGAUUCAACUUUGCAUUAUGCUGCUUUCGAUGCCCUUACAGUCGGAUGCACCAUGUAUGAGGGUUUGUUGUGAUCACCAGAAACUGGCGAUAACUAUAGAAAUUUUCAUGAUGUGAUUAUAACUAUAUACACAAUAACAUACAUAAAAAUGAUAUAAAAAAAUGAACAAAAUCGAAGAUGUUUCAAAGGACAAUCCUCUAUUGACUCAUCUAUUUAAUCAGUAUUAUUAUUAUUGGCUUUUAACCUAAGUUCAAAUGGCAUUUGUGUAAAAU